UCAGAGCUCCCCUCCCCCCUUAUAAAAUCUCCCUCUCCCCAUUCGCUUCCAUUAUUCAUUCAACGCGUCUCACCUCCUCCAUCUCUCUCUCUCUCUCUCUCUCUCUCUCUCAGUUGAAAUGGCGGAAGAGUUUCAAGAGUCCGAUGUGUUAUGGCCUGAGCAAUCCUACCGGAGAGAAGAUCGCUUUCGCCGAAAAUUCUUCCAAGACGAGAACUUCGAUCCGGCUGAGAUGAUCUUCAACAAUAACAACUCUGUUGCUUGUGCUCAACAGAAUACGAUUCAACUGCGAAGGAAGAAGAGCAAACAGAGUAGCUCACAGUCUCAUUCCCUUCCGGUUAAUAUACCCUGCAACUGGAACAGCAACAGGUUUGGUAGUAGUAAUAAUAAUCCAUUCUUGCAUUGCUCGGAUUCGAAGGAAAGUGAAGAUGACCUCGAAGAUGCAGAGAUGGUGCCCCCUCACUUAAUAGUCGCCAAUAGAUUUGCUCGGCAGAUGGCUUUCUCUGUUUGCACUGGCAAUGGAAGAACUCUAAAGGGACGUGAUUUGAGACGAGUCAGGAACUCCAUUCUCAGAAUGACUGGUUUCCUCGAGACAUAGUAGACGAUACAUUCAAAGUUUUCAAUUUUUUUUUUUUUAAUAUUUAUUAUACCAGUGGGAAAAAGAAAAUGCAAAUAUCAAUACUAUUAAAUAAAGAGAAAAAAAAAUCGUCCAAUUAGUGUUAAUGGGGUUAUCUUUUCUUUCUCUGAGAUUCUGAGAGAAAUUCGUUUCUUGCCUUUUAAGCUUCAGUCUAUUAACAACCUGGAUCGGUUUGGUCUCUCGUAAGCCAAGUCUCUCAACUGUCUCUGAUGAUAACGAAGAGGGAAGGAAGGAAGCGAAGUAUGAAGCAAAAGGCCUUACAGAGCGCGUGGUGCGCAGUGCACUAGACAUUAUUGGUUGCUUGUUUGGUUGUCCAUAAACCAGUUCAUGGCAGGAAAUUUUUGGGGUUAGGAGAUCCGAUAGCUCGGAACUUGGACCUCUCUGCCAGCUGGGCUGAGACGCAAUCACUGGUCAGAGGUUUUGUAUUGGUCUGCGGUGGAGCUUUAUUAUUCUUUUUUGUUCUUAAUUAAAAACCACAGCUAGUGUAUCUUCUUCGGAUUUUUCAAUGAAUUAUAUAGUUUUUUAUUUUAUUUUUUUUUAUGAAAAAGAUGAUUUAAUGGAUUCAUUAAUUUUGUUUUUUGAUCCCUCAUGAGAAGUCAGAGCGUCUAAUCCAAGAAAUAACAAAAAGCAAGAAGUCAGAAAGUUUUUUCAAAUAAGAGUAAAAGCAAAUGUUAACGUUUUGU